AUGAUAUUCUUGUCGAAGGGCCGUACACUUAGAUCUGGCCUUGGCCGCCUGCGCUUCGUUCCUCGGCAAGCCUCGGCUGCUCUCCCAAGGUCACGAUUCUAUGCGACAACCCUCGAGACUGGCCCCAAAGGACUCGUUUUCAAGAGCGAUGACUCCGGAUCCCCUGUCAAAGCUGAAUUGUCCAAAAUAUGGCUCCGCGACAACUGCCGUUGCGCCAAAUGCGUAAAUCAAGAUACCCUACAGCGCAACUUUGAUACUUUUGCGGCAAGUAUUGGCCAAAGCCAUUAUUAUUCACAAUGUCGUCGAAUGCUCAUCUCUCUGUGCUUGCAGAUACCCAAGGACGUUUCGCCUACAGAAAUCUCGCCCAAAAGUGACGGCGUUGACAUACUAUGGUCGGAUUCUCAUAAAAGCCAUUACCCUUGGUCUUGGCUCAGCUUUACUGUUCAGGAUACACAUAAUAAGAAACCCACAGUUCAAGACGAGAGAAGACUAUGGGGUGCAAUGGUAUCCUCGGCUCCUCCAGAAGCCGAGUUUGACAGUGUCAUGAACAGUACUUCUCCGGGGGGGAUGGCUGACCUGACGGGAAAGAUUCGCCAAUAUGGGUUUUGCUUUGUUACCAACUCACCCAAAACUCCUGAGGAUACGGAGAAGCUCUUGGAAGCGAUUGGACCUAUUCGAAAUACCCAUUACGGAGGCUUUUACGAUUUCAUCCCGGACCUAGCCCUCGCCGACACAGCUUAUACCAAUCUGGCUCUCCCGGCUCAUACAGACACGACUUAUUUUACCGAGCCCGCAGGAUUGCAAGCGUUUCACCUGCUAUCUCACACGCCACCUACAAAUAAGCCCGCGGACGAGGUGCUGGGCGGACAAUCACUGCUUGUAGAUGGAUUCCAUGCCGCAGAGGCACUUAGAAAGGAAUCACCAGGGGAUUUCGACAUACUGCGCAAGGUCAAGCUCCCGUGGCAUGCUAGUGGCAACCAAGGCGUGGCAAUUGCACCAGAUAUGGCCUAUCCUGUGAUUGAAGCUACUGGCGAGAAGUUGCAUCGGAUCAGAUGGAACAACGAUGACCGAGGAGUGGUGCCGGUGGAUAUCGACGUUGAUGCGUGGUACCAAGCGGCACGAAAGUGGGAUGAGAUUCUGAAGCGUAAAGAAAGCGAAUAUUGGUUUCAGCUUGAACCAGGGCGAGUCUUGAUCUUUGAUAACUGGCGUGUACUCCAUGGCAGAAGCGCGUUUGAGGGACUGCGGCGCAUUUGUGGUGCCUAUAUCAGCCGUGAUGAUUUCAUCUCCCGUUGGAAAAUGACCAACUUUCCACGCGAGGAAGUGAUUGCAUCGAACAUGCAACUGCGAUAA